CAUAACACAACUACCUACCUAACCACUUCACUACUCCAUGUUUACACCCUCAGCUCCGUCUCCCCCUCUCAGCCCUGCUCGCCUGUCUCACUCUACCCGUCUGGGAGCCGGCCUGACGUUCCUCAGGAACCAUUCUCGCUGACACUGACACUCACUGCCCUCCACCCACGUGAGCUCACCCUUCACCGGCCGCGACCCCCAAAACCACCAAACGCCCGCGUGCCGCAACUCAAAGUCAAAAGUGCCAGUCUGCAACCACCACCAAACGUCAACCCACAACCUUCCUGCUUCCUGUUCUGACUCUCCUGCUUGCCCUCAACGCCGCCCCCGCCACCAUAACACCACCCCAUCAAACUCCAACAUCAGCAACAUCAACUCCAACCUCAACUCACACGAGCCUCUUCGGCUUCCUCCUCUCCCCUCCCUCCACCCUCAACCUACCCACCCCCCAAACUCCGCCUUUUUCUCCAAGAGCGCGCACCCAAUCGAUCUGGCCUCCACAAUACAAUGACGAGGUACCGAACCGAGUCCGCGACUCCGCAGUUGACAGUACGAAACCACUCCGGCCCCACACCCGCUGCAUCGUCACCGCCCGCCAGCUCCAACAUGCAAUCGCAAGGUUCCGACGACAAGGGCGCCGACACCCUCAACAAGAACCUACCUUCGAUUCGAUUCAUUACCCAUAACGAUCCCCGCGCCCCGCGACCCUCGCUGCAAUUCCCCACCAUCACCCGUACCCUGCCCGACGAAACCGUCACCCUUCGCGUGGGACGCUACUCUGAGCGAGAUAAUACUCCAGAGCCCCCAUCCAACGCCCCCUCGGCCGCCCCCGUGGGUUUCAAAUCAAAAGUUGUCAGCCGCAAGCACUGCGAGCUCUGGUGUAAGGAUGGAAAUUGGUUCAUCAAGGACGUCAAGAGCUCGUCUGGAACGUUUUUGAACCACAUCCGCCUUAGCCAGCCUAAUGUCGAAUCCAAGCCCUUUCGCCUCAAGGAUGGUGACAUCAUUCAGUUGGGCAUCGAUUUCCGCGGCGGCGAGGAAAUGAUAUUCCGCUGCGUCAAGAUUAGGAUAGAGUGCAACCGCGGAUGGCAGCAGGCGCUGAAUACAUUCAACAAACAAACCCACCAGCGGCUGAGGAAUCUCGGCAAAUCGCGAAAGGAUGGCGAUAACGCCUCCAUGCACUCCUCUGAGUGCUCCAUCUGUCUCAUGUCCAUUGCACCGUGUCAAUCGCUCUUCGUUGCACCGUGUUCGCACGUCUGGCAUUACAAAUGCAUUCGACCCAUAUUAAACGGAUCGACGUGGCCCAAUUUCCUCUGUCCCAAUUGUCGGGCCGUUGCAGAUUUAGAAGCUGAUGUGGAGGACAUGGGCGAGUUUGAGACCUGGGACGAUGAUGCGCCUGCCAGCGGUGAUGCCAAAUCCAACGACCCGGAUACGCAGGACCGUCAAGUGACACCCAAAUCAUCCACCCACCUCGCCCUCCCAGAUAUCUCCAAUGGACAACAAAGCAGUCAGCCCGGCAUCUCCGAUAUUGAAGCGGCAAUCGCCAACAUCCAACUCACGCCCGCCCCCACGACCGCCUCUGCAACAAACAUUACCACAGCUUCCGCUGCCGUGCCAUCGACCCCACAGCCACUGCAAUCCCGCAAUGCGUCGUCCCCCGCUGUAACGUCAUCGGUAACCCAGCCCGUCUCCAUCAAUAUCCUGAGUGCCAACGAGGCGGGUUUAUCUCCACUGUACCACAACACGUCCAACGGUUUAAGUCCUGACCAUGGCGGUGCCGAGUGUCCGAUGACGCCUAGAAAUGACGCGGGCCCAUUUGUGUUGGAUGGAAGCGGUAGCGCUGGACGGGCUGCGGCUCAGGGCAUUCUGCGGGCUCGCGAGAACGGUGAAUCAAAUACUGGGCCCGAUGGCGCUCCGUUGCUUCCUCCCAUUAAUGUGGACUGAUGUCGAGAUGCUGUACAUUGAGAGCGUAAUGCUCGAACAUGAAUGUUGUUGAGAUGAAUGAAGACGAGCUUCGAUCAUGGGGAAAAAUAUAGGUGGGAUAGAAAGGAGUCUUGUUGUCUGUUUGUUGUUGUGGCAACACGGAGGCUUUAUGCUGUAUCGAUCUUGCUUUGCCUUUUAUAUAUCUACGGGUUCCUAUCUGUCUGUUUGCUCGGUUU